AUGGACUCCCUCAAAGGCAAAGUCUACGCAGUAACCGGCCUCAGCGGCAUCGGACUAGCCGUAGCCCGCCAACUCCACGCACAUGGCGCGCUUGUCUCCCUCGCCGAUAUCUCCAACACCGCCCUAGAAAGUGCGCGCCGCACAAUCGAGGAAUCGUCUGGCUCCUCUGACUCUUCCGCAUCUAGCAUCCUGACAACAGUAGUGGAUAUCGGGUCAGCCAGCGCGGUGAAUGAUUGGAUCACGGCAACAGUCUCGCAUUUCGGACGACUCGACGGCGCGGCAAACAUGGCCGGCACGAUCGGCAAGCAGCACGGCGUGGGGCGGUUCGUCGACCAAGAUGACGAUGAGUGGGAUAUGCUGCUGCGCGUCAACUUGUCCGGGAUGAUGUACUGCAUGCGUGCGGAACUGCGGGCGAUUAUGAAGUCUGCGCCGGGUGGAAAGGGAAGCAUUGUCAAUGCAUCGAGUAUCCAGGGCGUUCGUGGGUUUGCGUUGCAUGCAGCGUAUUCGACUACGAAGCAUGGGGUUGUGGGCUUGACUAGGUCUGUUGCGAAGGAGGUUGGGCCGGGGAUUCGGGUGAAUGCUGUUGCGCCAGGAUCGAUCCAGACGCCUCUGCUGGAUAGGGCUAUCGGUAUCCAGGGUGGGUUGAGCUCGACUCCGACGGCAAUCCCGCGCGUGGGAACUGCGGACGAGGUUGCCCAAACAGUGGUGUUCUUGCUCAGCGAUGCAGCAUCGUAUACGACAGGGCAGGUUUACAACGUGGACGGGGGAUGGGAUCCAUGA